UUCGCAUGCGAGAUUAACUAGGACGGCUGCCGUGUCGAGUUAUCCCAAGUCCCAACCAACGAACUCACUGCUCCAACCAGGGUUUGGAACUUACGUUUGCUGGAUUUGUCAAAGUCGCAAUCCGUCGACAAUUAAUUUUGAUUGUGGAAUUUCUCAGUGUAAGUAGCCACUCGAUAUGUUUGUUCAUGAUACGCAUAAAGGAAGCCCCGAUGUUACGGGAAAGAGCCCGGAAAAUGUUGAAUCUAGCUCUUCAAACAAACCGAAAUCGGAACGGAAUUCACCUAAAACGGUUUCCAGUAAUGUAAGUAUAUUCUUCAAUUCUUAUGUAAUUUUAAACAACUUAUUACACGCAAUAAUUGGCGUAUUUUGCUUCAAAAGUUGCUAAGUUUCCGUAGCCUCACGUUUCGGCCCCCGUGGAGCAGGGUUUUUGUCUCAACUUGAUGCAAAUAAUAAUGUUUGACGACCCAUUUCAAUUAAAUUGCAUUUUUGUCGCGUUAUAGAUUAAUUAUUGAACCAACAUUGAGUCGCCGCGAAUUUGAUUGUAAUUUGCUGUCUUUCAAAACUGCCAUUGAAAUGUUUGCAGUUCACUCGAUGACUUGUCGAUCGUUUUAUAGUUCGUAUGGAAUUUCAAACGUUUGAAAUGUUUUUCGUAUUUUUUGUACAGAUUUCUACGAAUGCAAAGCAUAUUAAUUUGUGUCUCAACGGCUAUUUGCAUGGCGGCGUUAUUAAAUCCGCUACAUUCAUGUUACUGAAAGAUAUCAAAAAGUUUUAGUUUAGAUUUUAUUUGGUUUAAAUCUUUUAAUGAACACAGUUCUAAGUUUGGCCGCUAAUUCUAAAUUACUAAAACGUCCACGACGAAAAAGUAGCUUUCGGCACAUCAAUAAAGGCUAAAUUGCUACAAUAUGCCGCGAAUUAAUAAAAUUAAUUUUUUAAUUAAAAACGAAAGCAAUUCAGCUUUCGCCUUUCGCUUAUGAUCACACGAACGAAUUAAUUUAAUGUGGUGUUAGACUGAAUUCCUAAAGUCAGAAAUGGUUAAGGUUGAAAAUAUAAUUUUGUCUAAAUUUCAUUUUUUUAGCGUUCCAAACUUAUUCUGUUUUUCGCUAUUAUUCUUCAGCCACUCAUAAAAAUAAGUAAUUUAUUAUUCUGAAUUAUUUAUUAUCGCAAACUAGAUCAAAUCUGAAUUUUUUAAUUUUGAUACUUUAUUGCGGGCUGCCAGCCGUUCUCGCGAACUUUCGAAGCAAAAUGAAAAGGAAUUAUUAAUAUAAUUCUGAUAAAAUUUAAAUUAUAAUUCUGGACGUUUGAUUAUAAUCGAAGGAACAUAUACAGCUACUACCAUACGUACUCGUUUUGACAAAAUAUGUGGUUGAAAGAGGUAUUAUUAAAUGGUUUUUCUUGUAAUUAAUUAUAUUUAUAUAUAUAUAUAUAUAUAUAUAUAUAUAUAUAUAUAUAUAUAUAUAUAUAUAUAUAUAUAUAUAUAUAUAUAUAUAUAUAUAUAUAUAUAUAUAUAUAUAUAUAUAUAUAUAUAUAUAUAUAUAUAUAUAUAUAUAUAUACAAUAUAUAUAUAUAUAUAUAUAUAUAUAUAUAUAUAUAUAUAUAUAUAUAUAUAUAUAUAUAUAUAUAUAUAUAUAUAUAUAUAUAUAUAUAUAUAUAUAUAUAUAUAUAUAUAUAUAUAUAUACAACAGCCUGUUUCAUCCAAGCAGAUUCCUCUUGGAUAAAACAUGAGGCUGUUGUGGCAACCUUUUGUGCAAUACAUAUAACUAAAUGACCGUGAUUUAUGAGUUCUAUCCAAUUUUGUGUGGAAUUGGAACAAUGCAAUUUCGAAAUAGAGAUUCAAAUGACGGAAAAUCUCUUCUUCGUGUACGAAAUGGCUGUUUACAUGAUCGCGGUUUGUCGGGACGACACGGCGGGAUAAUUUUGAUGCAUUGAAGUAAAUCACUGCAGUGAGUACAGGGCUUUAUAAAACGAAAGUUCAAACACCGGAGAAAGAAGUUAAAUGUUGUCGAGAAGAUCUCGCAGUUCAAGAGGAUUAUUAGUUUAUUAUUGCUGCUUGCAUGAACAACCUUACAAUUAUACUAUACUAUAAUCUUUCACUAGAAAAAUAAUGUCAGUAGUUUUGCUGAAUCGUACACCGUAACAUAUUUCAAUACAUUUAAAUCAUCCCGCCUCACAUCUCGUCCCAGUAAAGCAGACCCCAAUACUUAUGUUUUGUAGAAAAUCCUUUCAGAAAGAUAAUAUAGUACUAGUAUAGCCUUUCAAUAUUGAAAUGGGGGGGGGGGAUUCCAAACGUCCCAAUAUAUUUUGUGGAUGAUUGUGGGAAUGACUGCAGACACAAAAAAAGGGAAUGAGAAAACCCUAUUUUAUAUAUAGUACCAUCAUUAUAAAGACAUGCAGUUGUACAGUAAGUUUUAUAGUUGGAUAUUUCGGAGUUCAAAUAACUUCAGGAAAGCCACCAAGCAACUUUUGAUUGAGACUUUGUCUAAACGUGUCUUGGUCCUUGGAAGACUGCACUCUUCUCCUUUCCGGAUCGAGGUCAUUUUUUCUGUUAUUGCGCGUGAGUCAUUGAUUUACUUACUAGUUAGUAUAUGUGUGACAGAAAGUAUGUCAGGCAUUUAUAGAAAACUUUUACUUCGUGAAGUUAUUUCUAGAGAAAGCUCAUUGAAAGCAGAAUAUUGUGUUUUAAAAGUGAAAACGUAGGUGUAACACCUGCUCGGGGGUAUUCUUAUCUCAUUUGAUAGAACUUUUAAAAAUAAUAUAGCGAUAUAAAACUCCUUUUCCGAUUUUUCAUGACAUGUUUAAUUCUUGGAAUAGCCGUUUCAACGCUGGUUUUGGUGACGUCAAAAGCAGGGUUAGUAGCCAUGUAGAACUACUCUUAUAUAUGCGACCAAAUAACAAUUAGUAGAUGCUUAAAACGUUGUCAGUCAAAUUGCUAUUUGAAAUAGUGACCGAAGUAUCGUUUUGGGCUCAUGAUGACCCGCUAUUGCACAAUAAUCCAAGAUGGCGGUCAGCUCACUGAUUUAUAAUUAUUUUGACAACUAUAAACAACAUUUGAAGAAGCAAAAUUGGGUAUAGCAGCAAUGUUCAAGCAAUUUAUCCAUGAAAUUGAAUUUUCAAUAUAAUCACUAAAUUUCAUAUACAUCAAUUGUCAUCCCAAUAUAUUUAUUUUAAUCUCAAAACGUUCGCAAGGUAAACAUUAUUGAUCAACAAAAUGUCAGAAAUUAAUUGCAAGGUCGACAAACGAAAAGAUUAAUAAAUUAAAAUUGGACGCAUGCGAUUAAAAUUCGAUGCGUUCAUAUUUGACAAGUAUAUUGUUGCCGGUUAUAUAUAAUAUUGGAAAAAUAAAUUUGAAAUUACAAAUAGUGUAUAUAUAUUGAAAGACAACUUAGAGAAAGAUUAAUUGCAUGCAUGCAUGGGCACUAUAAGCUUGUUGAAAAAAUAUCGGCGCCUAUAUAAAGAGUCUUAUUGUUUCCCGAGACGAAGUCGAGAUUCGAUGGGAAACAAUUAAACAAAUAUAUUUUCCGAGGGAAAAGACAAGUGUUUUGUUAUAUUGCGACGAAAGAAAAUCAACAACAUUCAUGCAACAAUUAUAUUUCAUAAGUCAUGACUGACUAAAACUCUACCGCUGCAGUGUGAACGAGUUUAAAAUUAAAAGAAUCUACAUAAACGGCUUCAACAGCAUAUAUCCUGUUGCCUGUCCGUGUGUAUUUUUCUUCUUUUUGCAUUAUUUAUUUCAACACAAACUUGGAAAAUCGUAUAGUUUAUAAACUUGUGAGUUGUGCCGCCAUUUUGUUUAUUUAUGUACGCAGCCGGUCGGGGCGGGCAACAAUUUUUCACUUGUUGUCCAGCGGGAUACAUUGCAUUUAUCCAGAGGCAUUUAUCUAAAUGAGUGAAGUCACGUGACCACAAAUCAACCAAUCACGUCUGGUGCAUGUUCACCAUUUUAUCACAGCCUACACGUGAUGUAUAUUAUCAUAUUAUUCUCUAUAAAAUAUGCUCUUUAUAUAUACCUCUUUAGCGUGAUUAAAAAUUCAUAAUCUAGUUGUGUUCCAUUUUGAUGAUCUUACAAGAUGGUCAGUAUAAUUUUUACACAAAAGUAAAUCAACAAUCGAAAUUUUUUAUGUCGUUUAUACACCAAAAUCCACCAUAAGCAUGGUUAUAUACCAAAAUCCAGUAUAUACUCACGGUCAUAUACAGCUAAUUCAAAAAAGGUUAUCCUUUGCAAACCUUAAACUCUAAGCACGCAAAGCAUAAUGGGAACACAAAUUUCAAGCUUAGUAGUUGAACUUUGCAGCUGUUUGUGAGUGAAAUGUUUUCGCAGGGAGAUAUUUACCAUGUCUCCACGAAAUGGGCUCCAUAUAAGCCUUCUAAACUGCUUAAAUCGUGCCCCCAUUAUGCUUUGCGCGCUUAGAAUUUGAGGUUUGCAAAGGUAACCUUUUUUGAAUUAGCUGUAUGCCAUGGUUAGUGACGUCCCAACAUAAAAUCAUGUUCAUGUAGCUCAUGAAUUCUACGCCUUGAAUUCUGCUGAGUUCCCACGCCAUGUUUAAGUUGCUAUAAUGACCUAUGCCCAGGGUCCACACUUUAAAAAAAUUCAGUGCCACCCACCCACCCACCCACCCCUUCUUGGUCGAAAGCGUCGCUGUUAAAUGCGAAGGAAAAUUUUAGGGAGAUUUUUAAAACGGCUUAAGCCUUAAGGAAAGUUUGUUCGAAAUAAGGAAAACAAUAAAUUACAAACCCUAUAAUUUGGCAGGAAUGAAUCUAAAAUCGUCCGCGGAUUCAAACUGCAGGAUGAAACCAAGAUUAUCAUGAACUGACUAUAACAUCAGACUAAGGGCAUGCAUCUCUCUCAAAUAUAUACUGCGCAAUGCCAAUGCACUCGUGACUGUGCCCAGUUGUACUCCACGAACUUAGCUUUAUAAAAUGGCGUUAGCUCGAAUUUAUAUAUUGAUCAAACUAUAGAUUCCAGUUAUAUACCUGUCGGGCAACGAAGCGUGCGACUUGUAUUUAUAUAAUAUAAAUAUAUAGAAAAUAUUAUAAAAAUAUUGAAUUAAUUCAAAUAUCGCUGAUAUUAUAUUCGUUGAUUAAUAACAUCGGAAUAACAAAAUUUAAAUGUAAAGGGAAAAGUUGACUAUAGGUGACCGCAAUUUCACGAAAUUCGACCGUGAUCCAAGUUUGACAAAAGGCGUUUUAAUUAAUUUACAUUGACAAGUUCGGGGCGCCCAAACAUCAAAAUUAAAUUCGCUUUGCAAACAAUCGCUUCGUUGUACUUAUCGUCGGCUUAGCGCAACGCGAAAUUAAUUACAAUUUGAGUAAAAACUGAAGUGCAUUGCAUGCACUUCGUAGCGAUAAUUAAUUUAAUCACACGCGCCGUGGAGUUAGGAGAACAAUAUAAUCUGCCGUGUCAUGUUAAUUGGAAUUAAGUUAACAGUACACAAAACGGCCAUAUCAUUGAAUCGACCAUAUCGGCAGCGCUUUUAUUCGAGUAAUGCGAUUUCAAGGUUGUGUUCUGCAUCGAUCUCAUAUUAAAAUACGACUUCGUGAAUCGCGAAUGGGUUCAAUUAAAAAUUGCUUGUAUUAAAUUGUAUUGGUGUACAAAAUUGAGAACAGCCACCGGUAUUAUUAUUAAUUAGAAUUCUAAACACGUGCAAAGUAAUAUAAUCAAGGUUUUGAGGUUAUAUCGGCUACACACUUUAAAAAUAUCAAGUGGUUAAUGUAUAGACGUCAAGAAAUUAAUAAAAAGCAAUUUCGCAUUUUUGGAUAUUAUGACUUUCGCUUCGUAUGUGUUAGCGAGAGGUUAAAAGGCGAUCUAAUUGCGACAUUUUAUGUUCUAAUGCUGGUGGACUAUUAAUACAAGCCGAAUCGAAGUUAUCACGGUUUUAUUAAAUUAUUUGACAAAUAUAUAUUAAGGGAUUGUUCUGUAUAUAAUCAAAAUGUCUACAGCAGCAAGGGAAUCGAAGGUACGAGCUUAUGAGUUAUCAAUUUGACAGCUUGAGCUAUUUUUUUGAACAGAUGGCUGGUGCAUUUAGCGAAUAUUAUAAUAAGCGCUAAAUUCGCUUGAAAUAUUUAUUAGAGUUGGCCUUUAGUAAACGUCUUGUGUGCUAUCGAUGUCCUAUUGUUAAUGUAUUUAUGGUUUUCGUUGUAUAUAGAUUACAAGCGAAUUGGAAAGGUGUGACGCGGCAAACAGUGGCAAAGUGUCGAAUGGCACUGGGGAACGACCGCACGAUCAGAAAGUCGAACUGAGAAUGGACGAAAUUACAAGUAAAUUUAAAAACGCUUUCGAACGAAUGGCCGAAUUAGAGUCCCUGCAAUUGUCGAUGGAAGAAGAUUCGAAUGAAAACAUGAAAGAAAAGUGGUUUCGUGAGCGAUCUGAAAAUGGAAAGAAAACAAAUUUCCAAGAAAAGGAAGGUGUGUGUGUGUGUGUAAUUCUAUAUCCACAGUCGUGCUAGCUCGUCAACAAUGCCCCGAUUUAUACCAGAGAAGGAUGGGUUCAUCUCGACGAACCUGUGUCGGUCAGUGUGUGUGUCGUUCGUCAAAAUGAACAAUCUGCAAAGUUCGUCGACUCGCGAUCUUGCGUGCGCAGUUCGUCUCGAAGAAUGAUCCAGCUAUGUGUGUGGAUGUGUCGACGAACUGUUAAUGCUUUGUUACUUGUAGUCUUAGAGGAUUUUGCCGCAGCAAAACCAAGAUGGCUUAGCGUAAUUCCAGGAUCCUAGCCAACCAUGUAGAUCGCACUAUUCACGCUAUUACAAAUGAUAGAAGCAUGGCGACCAGGAUUAUACGUAACAAUUUAGUUGUCGAACGUUCUCCGAACGUAAACUAUUUAGUACGAGCUGCAAACUGGCAGUCGAAAGGUCGUAUUGAAUAGAAGUUAACGAUCCGAGAACGUCUCAAAAUUAAUCGACAACAUUUCCGGUUGGAGGAAACCAGAAUACCCGGAGAAAACUGACCCACGACUUUCGAUAAAGCGUUGACUGACUCUUUUCACAUAAGUGUCCUGGAUCCCAGCGAGAAUCGAAUCCACGAUCUCAGACGCUUGCUCUGAAGUUUGCAUCACCGAAACCCCGAAUAACAAACAAUAUACGUAACAAGGCAGUUGUCUUGUGCCGUAGUUAUACUCAGAAACGGAUCAUCGAACUACUACUAAGCAAACUUUGCCUGGGUCGGUAGAAAAAAUUACCUCGAUGGUUCGUCUUCUACGGUCUGUUUGUUUGUCGCGUGGAGGUUUGCUGGCGCAGUCCGGUCAGAGCAAGUACCUCUCUGAGAUCCCCUUUCACUUACGUGAACCAGCGAACGCUUUACGAAAAGUUUUGGGUUUUGCUCGACCCGGUUUCCUCCCACAGGGAAGGUUGGGAUCAAUGCCAAACUGACCCUUGCAUCUGUACUCCGUUAUCAGACAUUAGUGACACAGACACAUUCAUGCGAUGGCUGUCUUAUAUAGUAAGCCUUCGACUCGAUCAGGUUGAGCUGCGUCCUUUGUAAUUCAGCUUAGCUCUCAGCUGCAAGUAAGAAUGUUUACAAAUCUACUUUUCCCCCAAGUUCUUCUGCGAGCUGAUAGAAACAUCAUGGCGAAUAACAAGAUUUUGUAAUCUAAUUUUAAAGGUGUUGGGAGGUCAUUAACGAGUGCAGCUACAACAGGCAGCAUAUUAAUCCGCACUAAAGAAGAACGACUCUCGCCUGGUCCAGAUGAACCGACUGCGAAGACAAACAGCUUAGACGUUGAGAAUGACUACGAUUUAACACGACAUGAAAUUGCAGAUGAAAGAGGCUUUCCACCUGAGUGGUCUUAUGAGGAGCAGUUCAAAAAGGUUCGUUGUUAUUUUUAAUUACUUUUUGUUAAUUUGUGCUCGUGUGUAUAUGCCUGUAUAAUAUUGAGGAGAGAUUUUGUCCAUAUGUACAUGAAACCGCAUAGUUUAGUUAAAGCAAGUGACUUUGCGACUGAGCUUUUACUCAUGUAAUAUACAGGGUGUGUAAAAAAAUUCAAUAGCCAAUUAUUAUAGUGUGCAUUGAAAAUUCAAUGUAAAAGAUGAAUUUGGAUACUAAGAUUAUUAAAAUUGGUUCAGUAAGACCAAUGUCAUGGCUGUUUUAAAAUCAAGUCUGGCUCACCGAAUAGUGAAAUCAUGCAUGCUGUCAUAUUCAUGCAUCACUAGUUCUGUUAACUAUCAAUAGGUUUGAUGACCUCUUACUUUAAACAGCAAUAUAUCAAUUCUAAUAAUCUUACAGUGUCAAAACUUAUCUGUCGUGUUGAAUAUAAUUUUCGAUGCCCUGACUAAUAAUUAGCCGUGCAAAGAUUUGGAACACAGGCAGCUAUACUGUAUUUUUUGGGGAGCACACUUUCAACUCAGUCGCAUGUGAGAAGAGGGUUUCUAUAAUAUAGCUUGACUCUUCUAAACUACACGUUUUUGUCCGAUCUUCUGAUCUCCUUCUGUAGUCAAUCUGGAUCAAUAAUGGAUUGCUCUUACUGGACUUCUGGCUGGAUAAACAGUUGCCAGUAUAAAUGUAAAGUUAAACACGUUCUCUGAUCAGAAGGGUCUUUACCAGCCUAGGUAGUGAUAAAAACACCUGAAAACUGGGCAUUGAUAGGCAUUCAACCACCUGAAAAUAUAUACAAGUACUACUCAUUUCUCGACGAUGGAAAUUGUUUUUGUAUUUUUCAUGUAGUUGAAUCCCUAUCAAUUCGCAGUUCUUUGCAGAUCAGAGUAUUUAUUUAUUACGAGCUUUCAGUCGCCUAUCUGUGGCCUUCGACAUGAGAUAUAUACAAUGAAUAGAAUACAGCUAUCUGCAACUUAUAAUCAUUGUUAAUUUAGUACAUCUGUUGAAGACUACGACAAGGAGGCCGAGGUCCAUAUUUUUUAAUUUAAAAUUAUAAAGUAGUUUAUAUAUAUAUUUCCCUUAAUUUGUAUAACACCAGAGAAAUAAUUGACGACCUUCUCUAUAUAUUGUAGUAAGGGACGACCCUUACUAGAUCUCUAUAUAGGAAGAACAGUUGUAUAGGUAUAAAUUUCAAAUUGCCCUUGUCACCGACAACUUUUGAUCUUUUAAUCUCAUAACAUGAUAUUAAUAUUUAUAAUAUAUAUACACAUACAUCAAUUAAUAAACCACAUUUUGUAUACACAAAGCAAUAGGCUAUAUUGUUUAAGAAACAUACAACAUGUUGUAUAUUUACACUCCAUAUAUAUUGUAAAGAGAUGAAGUCCUUUGCAUCUUCGAUUGUUACCGGGAUAAUUUCUGCUUUAAAUUAUUUGUAUAUCAAAAACGAAACCGAAAGCUUUGCUUAUUUAAUUGAUGAGUUCAUGCCAUUUACAAUUUACUCUAUAGACUUUUCUAUAUUUACUUUCCUCUUUUUUGUUCUGUCCCGCUUUAUUCUACUAUGUCUAUAUAUUUUUGCGAUAUAAUGAAAAUAUUUCUAUUAAAAACCCCCCACCUAAAUUCUAAAAUCUACUUGUCCUAUUGUUGAGUUUAUCCAACCUGUAGCUAUAUAGGCCCCUAUAGUUGUUUUUCUUAAUUGCGUGAAUAAGAUGAGAAAUAUAAAGUAACAAUGCCACAAGGAAAAACCUGUUAAAAAUUUUCAUAAGCUUUUAUUGUUUCACAAAUUAAGAUAUUGAAUAUUUUAAUCCAUAUAGAAAUAUUCAAAUUUUAUUUACAUUAAAAAAAUAUAACUAUAAGGUAUAAUAUCAACUAUUUUGAAUACUUUAAUCUGUCAGGUCUAGACUGUUCUUCCCGAUUCUAUAAAGAGGUCCAAUAAUUGCCAUCCUUUUAUUAUUGUUGAUCCAGUGUUAUAGUAUAUACAAAGGAAAUCUAAAGACUAAAGUAAACUGACUUCAUUUAUAUACUAGAUAGUAGAUAGCUCUAUACGUCAUGCAUACUACUAACUCAUCUACUCGCUCACAUAUAUCAGAAGACGAAAAUUGCACUAUACAAAUCGCAACAAAAAUUUUAAGUCUAAACGGGUACGGGUCUUAAACUAAACCAGCUUUGUUUCAUAAUGGGUGGUUUAUCAGUAAACUGAUAAAUAUCGAGGUUUUUUCAAAACCGGUUUUAUGGUUUCGCCUAUAUUGGAAAACCAAGAAAACCGACCAAAAAUCGUAAUCGCCAUUCGUGUUCACACUAUAUGCGAGACCUACGCGACUAAAAAACGUCGAAGCUUCAUCGACAUCGGAUUCGGAAUGCGGAUAGUCUGUGGCUAAUCUUUUCUUUUCGUCUCUUGUAGUUUGAUAGCUUCCUCGUUUUAGCUAUGAGGAAGCUAAGCUUAAAAAAAAAACAAGAAAAAAUUUAAAAUAGUUAUUAUUUUUUGCAGUCCGUUUUUUUUGUGUCUUUGGGAAAAUUCAACACUGACGUAAUCAAAGGGCUCUCAAUACUGAUUUUUAUUGAAAUUCAUUCGUCUUGCAAAGAAGUUAAACUUUUCAUUACAUUUGUUGUAGCUUUAUGAUUUGGGAGAUGAAGCUGAACGGAAGGAAUUCCUGGAUAAAUUGUUUGCUUUCAUGCAACACAGAGGUGAGAUCUUCACACAAGAUUUAUUUUAAGUCACGUUUGUUAAAAAAGGGUUACAAUACAUUAAUCUGGAAUGAUCUGUGCCAGUAUAUAGUUAGCUACGAUAACAAGACAGCUGUGUGUGUACAAAAUGCGUUCUACAAAAUUAGUAGGUCCGAAUGGCGUCCGAUCGUGUCCGUGACCAAAAUGUGAGUUGCAGAGUGUCUUAAAAAAAGCGAACUUUUAGAAAUUUACCUUGUUGUAUAUAUGUUCUACUUUGAAUGCCUGAGUCCUAUACUGAACCAAUGCAUGGGUGCAUGCGUAAACACGAUUAGCCUUUUUCACGAUGACGAAUAUCCGCCAUUUUUGGGUGGCAUCUAAUUCUCGUUAACCAAUGCGGAAGAGAUUAUUUCGCUGGCCUCAGAGUGACAAAACGCAACAAAGCAACGGUUUUACUAACACUAGAACUCUACUCCAAACACCAAUUCUAACCCUAAUCCUAACCCUAACCUAACCCUACUCAAAAUUUGUUUCUAAACCAAUCUUAAAGAAAAAAGUUUUGACGAAAUGUCAUUCUGAGGUCAGCGAAAUAGUUGAUGUCAACCAAUGCAGACAAUUAUAACAAUGUGAAAAGCAAUUUUUCAAAAUAAACUAACCAUUUACAAAGCAAAUUUACCAGCAUUCGUCCAAAAAAAUAUAAAACGUCGCUGUUAUGUAGACUUAUCUCGCUGAGACUUCGGCUGAAACACCACCCAAAAAUGGCGGCGUGAGAAAGGCUAAUUGAUCGAUUUUAUGCAUUGGAAGUUAUUUAAGAGUUCGAUCUUGGUUUCGUUCAACAUAUGAAUAUGACUAUGGGCUGAAAAAUUUAACGCAUGCAGUGCAUAUAACACAGUAAAAAUUCUUUGCUCGGUAGAUUGUAGUUGGAACGACUAAUUUCCAAGUCGUUUUAACUUUCAAUUAGAAUUUUCAUGUACAAUUUAUGUAGUUUUAAUAUGCUCGUACGAUUACAUUGCAUCCUAAACUCCCAUGUUGGUAAUCGGAAUUUUGGGUGUUUACAACAAAAGGGUGAUUUCUAUAGAGGUUUCGCUUUGCGACACCCUGUAUUGUCAGACCAAGUUUUCAGAAUUAUAUACUGAACUAUAUAUUCCUAUAUAUAUUCCAGAGUACAUCUGUUAGGACGAUCUAUCUGUUUAUACAUUAAUUAUUAUUACCCAACUACUGAGUCGCGGUCUGUUUCAAAUUGCCUUCCAUGAUUCUAAACUCGACUGCAAUGGAUCUAACAUACAACUCUUACAUUAAUCUGCGACUACGCAUUUUAUAUCUGUAUAAUUAUUAGACUGAUCCAUCGUUAUAAUUUUUUUUUAAAAAUUCCAACUUUGUCUUUGAAAAAUAUGCAAAUUAGACGCGCACGCAUGAAUAUAUUUAUUUCGCGUGAGCGGCUUUUUCUAUGUCUUAACAAAGUAAUUAUAAAACGCGCAUGAUAUUUGCAAAUUGCCAUCGAUUUAUUAAUUAGUGUAUGUAAUAUUUAUCUAAGAAAAAUUACAUAACAAUGAUAGUGUUAGACAUGACGGGUUAAUAUUUUAUGAUAUUAGUCUCGGCCGACAAGAUGCAAACACCUGGCUUUUGUGAACUUGCAUAAUCGAAAUAUGCAGAUAGCAUAAUUUUCUAAUAUCAAAACUGACUAAAAUUAUUGGGUAAAAUGUAUAAAAACGACUAGAAGAGCACGGUAUAAUCUUGAUUUUAUCAUCAUUAUUCAGAAAUUACCGUGUAUCCUAAAUUAAAAGGUAUAUAAAAAGGAAUUAAAUUCAAAUGAAAUGCAGAAAUUUACAUGGAAAUUCAUCUAUAAUGCUAAUGGAAAAUAAAUACAUAUACUAAUAAUAAAAAUUAUUGCAAAUAUUUAGUUGUAUGUUCCUGGGCGUAAAAUUCCACGUUCGUUAAGUUUGCUAGCAUAUAUAUAUACUACUUUCUGAUAUUAAUUCAAAAUUAAAAUUAGAAUAAUAUAGAAUAAGAAUAACAUACUAAUUAGAAUUACAGCCUUUACAGUCAUGUAUACAUGAGCUAAAGUGCAUGUUAACUACUUUUUGGGAUGCGUUUUUUCAAUUGAUAAAUUUGUUUAUAAUCCAUGCAUGCAGUAUGCUAUUUUUUUAUUUGAAAAAUUGAUUGUCUGUUUUAUAAAGACGCUUUUUUGCGAAUUGAAUACAAUUUAGCAACAUUUUGUUUCUUAAUUGAUAAGAACUUAAAUCCAAGUUGCCAAAGAAAAAUACAUCAUUCAGCAAUAUAUGACAUUGUAUUUUCAUCCACAAUAUUUUUUUCUAAAAUGUAAUAAUAUAUAUUUUUUGCAUGUAUUUAGAUGGUUCAAAUAAAUAUUGAUAAUGUAAUUAUAUUAAAAUAUUAAGCUCGCAAAUAGACACGCGAAUUCUUAUCAGCAAAUUUUAAUGGAUUGCCUUGUAAAUAUUCAAUUCACAAGCUGCAUGCAUGUUCUAUAAUUGCAUAUCCUAAAUACAAUUUCGGCUCAGUUGAACGCAUUAGAGAAGCGCGCGCAUGCUUCCAGAAUAUUCCGUUUCUUCCUCAUAUGUGGAGAAACAACAAACUGAACCAAUAAGAAAUGACCGCCUGUGGUGAGCUGUUUAUAUACAGAACAUAUAUAAUGUGCAUGAUAAAAGCUUUCUUGUAGUAUAAAUAAAGUUAGUUUAGUAUUAAAGGACAAGUUUCCUCCUGUAUUGUAACAGUGGACUGCAAAUAUGAAAUGUCCAGCCAGUGCAGGAACGCUACUCGCUGGAGAAAAUUCGUUAGAACUGAUAUAGAGCUGUCCAGUAUAAAUAAGACUAGUUUACAGUUUAGUUUAUGUUUCCUCCUGUGGUAACAUAAGAGAUGCCACCUAUUGGACCUCUAUAGGGAAAGCAGUUCAGAACUGAUAGAGCUAUCCAUGGAGCCGGCAUGCGUAUAAAUAAAGUUAGUUUAGUUAGGUUUCCCCUGUAGUAUAACACUGGAUCAAUAAGAGAUGAUCCUUACUGGACCAACUAUCCAGUAUUACUAUAAAUACGAUUAGUUUAGUUUAGGUUUCCUCCUGUUAGUAGUAUAACAUUGAUGUAACGAGAGAUCGCUCUUACUGCAUAAACUCUUUAUGUACUGCAGAAAGAACGCGGUUUUAAGAAAACAGGUAGAAUAUAUUCAUAGAUAUAAUUGCAGGUACUUUAGUUUAGGUUUCCUAGCUUAGCUCCUGUUGUGUAUUUUGCGAUAUAGAAUAUUAGAAUGAACAUUGCUGCUAUGUCUAUAUGAACUGCCAUUACUCAUUAGAAGGAUACUUUAUAUGACCAUGAAGACUAACAGUGAAAACGGCGCUAUCGUGCCGGCAAUACAAAGAAUGUCGGUAUUUUUUAAUUGAGUACUUUAUUCGUGUUUGAAACUAGGCUUUGCCGUGUCGUUGCUAAAAAUACCGCCUGCAAGAAUCCUCUAUUGUUUCGGUGUUAUUCAACACACGCGAAUUAAUCAUUUAUUCGCCCGUCAUGUCAUUGUUUUGAUCGCAAACUGUAAGGUGUUAAAAAUGAAAGACAUUUUAUUAAAUACAAAUACACGCAAGAGAGAAAUUCUUGAUAUAAAAAAAUCUCAUUGCCAUUUGUUGACUAAAUAUCAACGAAGCGAAAUGUAUGAGCUAUAAGCUCAACCAUGCGCAUCGUCGCCCGUGUAUGUUUAGUACUCUACACUGUAUAUAAUAAUCGUGUAUUUCGCAAGUUAGAAACUUCGUGUUACACCUAAAUAACGGGCGAAUCGCAUCAUGCAAGCUGUGGUGGAACACGAGUGUUUCGAUUAAUAGUAUAUUUAUACAUAUUAGUUUUUGUAUAUAAGUCCAUGUAUAUGAGACGCAAAUUGAGAGAAUAAAAAUAGGCAGCCGACUUUUUUGCACAUUAUUUAUUUAUGAAAGUCUAAUUUUCCUAAUAAAGUUUUGGUGUAAUAUCAAUUAAUGCCGGUCAGGCCAACUUAAUUAAAUUUUCUCGCUCAUUAGCACAAAGUUAAUAUAAUCAGACAAUGAACAAGUGAGAAAGUAAAUAAUAAAUUAAAUGCCGCCAUCUUGCAGCUAUAUAUUCAUGCUCAUUUGCAUUUUCGUUGUGUUUUUUUGCAAUUAUAAUGUUUUGGCAAAUAUGCAUGAGCUUCACGAUAAACGUCUGAAAAUUACCCUCUUCAUGAAGUUUUGUGAUUCUGUUAUUUGAUUGCAACGUUCGUAUAAUAUGUAACUUAAUGUGACAUAUAUAUGUUUAGUUUAAAAUGAAGUUUUCCGACUCUGUUAUUUGAUUGCAACGUUCGUAUAAUAUGUAACUUAAUGUAUGUAAACAUGUUUUCUCGCCAAAACAAACGCAGUGUAAUAACUAUAUCCAGCGAAAAGAAAUUGAAAAUCUCUUCUUAAAAGCGCUUUUCGAUCUAAUAAAUACUUAUACAAGUCUCAUACGCGGUCGAUUAAAAAGCAAACAAUUCUAAUUCCAUUCUGAAAUUUCAUUCAGAAAUUUUCAUCCAGAAAGCCGACAAAUCCUAUAUAUGCGAGCUGUACUACCACUAUACAAUUAAAUAUAUCAAAGCAUAUUAUACUAUGGUCAAUAUCACGAUGCAAAGCUACAGGAAAGCUUAUGUCCGAUCAAUUGUUAACUAGCUAUAUAUGCAUAACAAAAUAUAUAAAUUAUCUACGAAAAUUUAACGAUUUGCAUGUAUAUGGUGAAUAUAUUGAACGAAAAUUAAUUGAACGCCUUAUUCUAUCUUGUCACCGAUGAAGAUCUUUCGAUUAAAGGGAUCUUCUAUAAUCACACUGUAUUUGUAUUCAACAUUGUUAAACUAUAUAAAAAGCACGCAUUCAUGCUGUACAAGCCGUCAUAAUUUUAUCUAUAGGUCAUUUAAACCUCAUUAUAGAAACCAUAUUUAAAUUUAAUCCUAACAAAGUAACAAAACCGCUUAUACAGAGGAAGACAUUUCAAUGAAUUAUGUUGUCUAUAUUGUUAAUUUAUUGAUCAAUAUUAAUCGAUAAAAUAUUGAUAAAAAAUGCACGCCAAAUACGAGUUCUUUUGACAUAAAACUCUUCAGUGGAAAGGCUGCAAACACCUUGUAUGUAUGUUUAUCUGGCAUCAUCGCGUUGGCCGACAAGUGCAAGCAAUUUUCGUGGCUUUUUAAUUAAAACUCGUUUUAAAAUUACAUUCAACAAUCGUAAGCUAUAGCUUUGUUGUUUCCAACAAGGACAGCCCUCCCUUUUGCAAAUUUCACGCAUCAUUUUGUAUGGAAUUGGAUCAUUUCCAUAUGUGAAAUUCAGAAUUUUCACCUGUGAAAUUUGGGGUUCAUUUAUUCUUUCACAUGCAUAUGAAAUUAGUGAUCCAUGAUAAUUAAUCAUGUUUUAUGUUUAUUAGGUUCUCCUGUCAACAGAGUGCCGAUCAUGGCGAAACAAACACUGGACUUAUUUAAACUCUUCAAACUUGUCACUGACCGAGGUGGUUUAGUCGAGGUGAGAUGGUUGUCUUUUUAAUUUGUGCGUCUAUUAGCGUUUUAGUCUAGAAUUUCCAGGCUAAACUACAGUGCAUUCUCGAGUUAAGACGGCGACACCGUCGAUGAUUGGAUCAAUUGAGUCACAAUCAAUUGAGUCACAGCUCGAGUUAAGAUGGCGACACCAUCGAUGAUUGGACCAAUUUAUCAUAUUUGCCGGUAGUGAUAGAAUGAUUUUGUUAAUUUCAGGUUAUCAACAAGAAAAUUUGGCGAGGAAUUAUCAAAGGUCUAAAUCUUCCAUCUUCUGUGACGAGUGCCGCGUUCACUCUUCGAACACAGUAAGUAUACUACUAUACCUAUACCCCUUCAUUGGCAUACCUUACAUUGGCUUACCUUAUGUCAGCCACCUGAUGAGUCCUUGUGGAUGAAACAGGCUGUUUUUUUCAACCUUUUUGAGGUCAUAAUACGUACGGCAAAUUUGUCAAAACGUUAAUAAAAUAGACAUAAAAGGAAGAAAUAUAUUUUUGAUGCUACGUAAGCAAGCACACUUUAUUCUUUUUACAUUGCCUUGUUUAUUGUUUUUCUAAGUAAUUUUUACAGACAAAUUUUUAUUUAGCUAGUAAAUUUUAUUGAAUUUCCGUAGCUCUGAGAGGCAUCAGAUUUCAAAAUUUUUAGGGAGCACGUCCGCGAAUUCCAUAGCAAGCUCACACCUUCGGCGGCGUUCUCAGCACCCACCUAACAAUAUUUUAAUUACCCCAUACAUUGUCCCCCUCCCCACCUCUGUUUCGCUGGCUGCGUUACUGGGGCCGGUUGUUCAAAGCUGGGUUAGCGCUACCCCUGGGUUAAAAUUUAACCUGCUGUUUUACUUUGUGUACACCUGCAUGCACGUCUGUUUAUUUCAAAACGUCAGAGAAGAAAACUCCUAUCGAUCCAGACAAGAUCCCUGAAGAAAUAUUUCCAAAUUUAUGGACAAGCUGUCAGGAAGUUCGCUUUGAAUUUUAGCUUAACCUAGGGUUAAGCUAACCCAGCUUUGAACUAACAACCGGCCACUGGAGCAUAUUGGCCCAAAGUCUGUCAAGGGCGUACAUUUUUCUCUUUCAUCUAAACGCUGUAGUAUAUUUUGUUUAGAUACAUGAAAUAUUUAUAUCCCUACGAAUGUUCAACCCUAAAACUAUCUUCACCUACGGAAUUACAAUGCGCUAUAGACGGUAACAGAAGGGAUACAAGUCGUCGACCUUCCAUUGGACAUUAUACUUCAAUGGUCGAACCUGAAGUUGGAUUCUAUUCCGACUCAACAAGUCCCAAAUCAAACUGUUCGUCUCCAACAUUAAAACGACCAUCGUCACCGACCAUGACUCAAGCAGCGAUGGCGUUAAGAUUGCCCGGAGAGCCUGAGGUAGGAAAAUAAAACCUUAUUUUGCGACUUUCAGGGCCGAAAUUAUAUCCAGGUUCUCCUACGCUGAUGCUAGUGUGCCAAACCUUUAUCAUAUAUGAAUUACCCAAACUCAUUGUCUGAGCUCAUCAAAAGUUGAAAAGUUCGAAGUUCCAAAUUGGCCUUGGUACAAACUUAGAUAAUGCUCAAGAUGUAUUUAGUCGUUAAAAUCAAAUGCAUCUGUGCAUAAAGUACAGGUUUCUGAAAGGUAUUCAUUCAAUUACUUGAAACUGCAAGUUUUAUCAAGGAGCACUAUUGAAUAUACAUGCAAACAUUACAAUACAACCUCCUGGACAUUUUUGAGCAGUUGCAUUAAAAAAUAAUCGUUUUUACCAUUGAGUGGCAGCACUCUCCACUUGACGAGUAAAAUCGUCUGGCGUUGGACAAAGUAAAAUACUAAAGUAUGGCGCAUCAGGUUGCAUUGCCAAUUAAGCGGUUAACAACCAAUUUUGCAGUUGGAACUGAAUAUUAAAUUUACACUGGUUUACUGUAAGAUACUAAUACUAUAUAGCUAAAAAUAUGCGGUUAUUUCUAAGCGAAAUUAUCUUAUCGAUUUAGUUUGUGUCGCCAUCAUUCCACGGUAACAACGGUAUUGGAUUUACUACUGGCAUCCAGAGGAUGAUGACAUCAACCUCAGACACUCGACCGCCGUACAAAUAUGACGCUAGGGUCCAUUCCCCUGGUUACACGAACGGGAGAGCGUCGUACGAACCUCCGUAUAAGAGAAUUGCGAGCAACGAGGAAUUAGAAAAACAUCUAGCAUUGACACACAGUCCAUGGGCUAAUAUUAAAAUUCGGACUACCGGAGGUAUGAAUAUUUUUUCUACUUUUGUCCGCUUAAUUACACUAACCCAUAAUGGAUAUCAAUUAUCGUUUCUAUCCAAACGAUUCUCCCAAAAACUAAACUAAUUUUGUUUUAAUAUACUGGAUAGCUCUAUGAUCUAUUAGUUCUAAGCUGUUCUCUAUAAUGCUCUGCCCUUUAUUUGUCCAGUAUUACUACGAAAGAAACCCUAAAGUAACUAUCAGUUCUAAACCGUUCUCCCUAGAAGACCAGUAAGGACCAUUGCUUAUUUGUGAAAUGUUACCAUUGCAAGUGACUGAAGUUCACUGAGAGCACUGCGUUGUUUUUCUUCACUUAUUCAGGUAUUCCAAUUAUCCAUCAAAACGGAGAAGAGAAAAGCCAAAAUAAUGAACAUAUCAAUAACUCCAAGUCACCAAAGCGAGUGCCUAGUGGUUCAUUUGAACAAGGAAAUGACAACUCUAUUGUUGUUUCAAUUGAACUAAACGGAAUUAAAUAUCAAGGAGUAUUGUAUGCUCAACAUAGGUAGAAUUAUUCUAGUUGACGAAGGCAUAGAAUAGAACAGAGUCGGAAUGAUGUUGUGUAACACUAGUUAUUCGCCUUUUUCUAUUCUUUGGCUUUGCUUAAAAUGUUAACCGGUACUAACGUACUUUAGAGCAGUAUCAAUUAGGGAUUCAAUCCAGGGGUAUUUAAUACCCAGCUAAGUUAACUAGAAUUCAAUUAAUAGUUAACCUUGUACACUGUUAACUAAGCAUGUUUUGGCUUUAACAGGAAGCCAUUUUGGCUGUUAAUACCAACACCGCGGUCAAUUUGGUCAAACGUCCGCCCGUAUUUACUGCUUGUACUCAAAAGACUUGACGCAAAGAAAAAGCGGUGAAAUUGCCUAACUUAUAGCUUCAGCCGUUUCUUUAUGGUAAACGCUUCUCAUUUCCCGUAUUUACUCCUAUUAUUUUGGCAGACAUUUUUCCCGCCAAUUCCGUGUACUCGGAUAUUCACUUUGUUUGGCCGCGGUGUUGUAAAUACCUCAAUAUUUAUCAUUGUACAGUUGUAAACUAAGUUGAGUUUUGAAUUACUUCUCAAUUGUUUAAGAAGUAAAAUGCGAAAGUGAAAGCAAAAUGAUCAGUUUUGAAAGGUGAAACAUAUUAGUUUUGAAAGUGUUUUGGGGAAUUUUGGCUUCCACAGUGUCGCAGUUUUACAGUCAAACCGGAUGUUCUCUUGCGAGCAACAUUGCAAUAUUGUCCCACAAUAUUGCAAUUUUGGUAGGCAGAUUGCUCUGAGCAAUUUGCGACCGACGCGAACAAAUUGCAAGUUGAAAUUCACAAAAGAUUUGUAAACAAAGCCUCUGAUUGGACUAUAAGAAAGA